CCUUCCAUGUCAUUGAGAAGUUUGAAACGGGUACCGAUUUUUGUCGUAUUCUUUAAGAAAUUUAUAGAAAUUACCCAUCUGAUAAGAGGCUAGUUGCGCGACGUAAGCGAGCGGGACGGUCGCAAGACGCAGAUUACACCGUCCUGUGAUAAAUUUCUUCACUGCGAAAUAUAACCUUCAAAUCGUACACUGUCCGUGUUUUUUCGAAAUUUAUCUUCAAAGUGCGGGAUUAGUUGACUUCAAUUUAUAUCAAUUUAUCUCUUAAUCGUCGCCGAAAGUCAGCUGGUUGUAGCGGGAUGGCGGCCCUACAGUCGGUAGUCGUCGAGACGACCCCGUUCGACGAUCAAAAGCCGGGCACCAGCGGUUUGCGAAAAAAAGUAAAAGUGUUUAUGGAAAAAAAUUAUACGGAGAACUUUAUCCAGUGCAUUCUCGAUGCUCUGGGAGAUAAAGUUAAGGGCGCUACCUUGGUAGUUGGAGGAGAUGGUCGCUACUUUUCCAAACCCGCGAUUAAUACCAUCAUAAGAAUUGCUUCUGCCAAUGAGGUCAGCAAAUUGAUAAUCGGACAUUUGGGAAUAUAUUCGACGCCCGCGGUGUCGGCGAUCAUUAGGCAACAAAAAGUUUUAGGUGGUAUCGUGCUAACAGCGUCCCACAACCCCGGCGGUAUUCGACAUGACUUCGGGAUCAAGUAUAACAUCGAGAACGGGGGUCCCGCCCCCGACUACAUCACCGAUAGGAUCUACGACUUGACCAGAAAAAUAAAACAGUACAAAAUUACGCCCGCACUGGAAACUGAUCGGAUUAUCGAUGUUUUGGGAACUAGUAAAUUUAACGUUGAGGGCAGAGACUUCACAGUAGAAAUAAUCGAUUCAACCAAGAACUACGUGAACCUCAUGAAGGAGAUUUUUGACUUCAACAAGCUCAGAGCGCUGAUCCGCGGUACCGAGUCGACGCCCCCGUUCAACAUCCUCCUCGAUUCAAUGAAUGGCGUGACCGGGGUCUACGUCCGCGCCAUUUUUGUUGACGAGUUGGGCGCUUCGCCCGACAACAACGUCUGCCGGAUCGUCCCCUUGGACAACUUCGGCGAGAUCCAUCCGGAUCCUAACCUGACCUACGCUAAGGAUUUGGUCGACAAGCUCCAAGCAGACAACAAUUACGACUUCGGGGCCGCGUUCGACGGCGACGGGGACCGCAACAUGAUCCUCGGCAAGAACGCAUUCUUCGUCACCCCGAGCGACAGUUUGGCAGUGCUAGCCAACAACCUGGAGUGUAUACCGUACUUUAAGAAGCACGGUAUACACGGCUUCGCUAGGUCCAUGCCCACAGCUGCUGCAGUCGACAGGGUGGCCGCUAAACUCGGUAAAGAAAUAUUCGAGGUGCCGACCGGUUGGAAGUAUUUCGGAAACCUGAUGGACGCGGGACGGCUGUCCCUGUGCGGCGAAGAAAGCUUCGGUACGGGGUCCGACCAUAUCCGCGAAAAGGACGGUAUAUGGGCGGUGCUCGCGUGGCUCUCGGUCAUCGAACACAAACGCAUGAGCGUCGAGGAAAUACUCAAGGAGCAUUGGAAAAUUUACGGUCGAAACUACUUCACGCGGUACGAUUACGAGGAGUGCGAGACGCAACCGGCCAACGAGAUGAUGAAACAGUUGGAGGGGUUGAUUGCGAGCGGUACCCUCGUCGGUAAGAGCUACUCGGCCGGUAACAAAACGUACAAGGUCGAGAAGGCGGACAACUUCUCCUACGUCGACCCGAUCGACAAUUCCGUCGCCAAGAAUCAAGGUAUAAGGAUACUGUUCGAGGACGGUUCCAGGUUGAUUUAUAGGUUGUCGGGCACAGGUAGCAGCGGCGCCACGGUUAGGGUUUACAUCGAAUGCUACGAGAAGGAGAACGUGUUAUCCGACGCUCAGGUUAUGUUGAAGCCGUUGGUCGACAUCGGCUUGCAAAUAUCCCAGCUGAAGAAGUUUACGGGGCGGGAGGAACCGACCGUCAUCACAUAAGACGAUUGUGGGCGGUACCAGAACGUAACUUUCGCCGUUCCAGCUUCCGAAUAAUUUUCCUACGUGGUUCUUUCAUUUGCCGGUUAUUUAAUAUAUUUAUUGCGACGUUUUAAGCAAAAAAGAAAAGUGUUGUUGUUUAUUUCCGAAUAUGUUAAACGUUUUAUUGUUUCCUUUUUUUUUGGAAAUAAAGUUCAUUUUCUUUUAGAA